CAAAAUAAUUGAAUUAAAAGUAAAAAUUAGCGAAUUAUAAAUUUAUUAUCUGUAACUGCAUUGCUGCAAGAACAUGUAUCGAAUUAAAUUUUUAAUUAUUCUAAUAUUUCGUGUUUGGUUCAUUGAUUGUCAAGCGAUCAUUGUUCCCGAAGAUGCUGCACCAUACCAAGUCUCUGUACAAACGAUUAUUUCAGGAGAGUUUACACAUAUCUGUGGAGGAGCCAUUAUUAGUGCUGAAUUUGUUCUCACUGCUGCUGAAUGUACACAGGGAAAAGAAGCCGAAGAUCUCCGUAUUUUAGUUGGAACAAAUGACCUAUCGUCCGGAGGAACAACGUAUGAUAUUGAUUUAAUUAUCGAACACUAUGCGUAUAACCUACUAAGAGUUUCGGAGGACAUACAAUUCAAUGAGAGUGUUAAUCAGAUAUUGCUAGCAGAAGAGGGAGAGGAAGGAUCUGGGUGGGGUGGAAAUACAGAUGGAAAUAAUGGAGGUGACAUCGGUGCACCAUUGCUACGAUUCUUGGAUGGGAAAUUGGUUGGAAUAAAGUCUGGUACUAUCGGUUGUAAUCAGACCAAUCCAUACUUGUUUGCAUCCAUUGCUGCGGAGAUUAAUUACUCCUGGAUUGACAUAGAAACAUAUGCUAAGCAUAUGCAUAAUGCAUAUGUGUCAAGUUGAAGUAUAUUUUGAGCUAUUUUAUUUCUGCAAAGUAAUCUCAAGACUCCAUUGAAUGGCAUUUACGAGUAUAAAUACAAUAGAUGACAGCAUCUGCUACAUUUACACUACCAAUAGAUUGAGCACAUUCCCAGAACAACGAAACAGUUAUAAAUUAAAUUUCAAUAAAAUGUCUGAACAA